AUGGCCCAUCUACCUGACGAAGAGGUGUUUGAGCGCCGUGAGUGUGCCAACUGCGGCAGCACCCACGAGGGGCUGUACCGCUGCAGUCGUUGCCGCAACAGCUGGUACUGUUCGUCGGCGUGCCAGAAGUCGUACUGGCCGAUGCACCGCGCGUCGUGCGCACCGAACGAGUUCGCGGACGUCGUCGACGCCACGGAGCCGAAGUUCGCCGCGUGGAUGCGCAAGCACGGAAAGCAAGCCGUUCUCAAGGACGAUGAGGUGCAUCGGCUCGAGAGGGCGGGGCGCGGCGCGGGCCCGUACACCCGCAAGCAGCUUGAGGAGCACAUGUACGGGCGGCUGCGCCCGGGGCCCGCGGAGCCGACGUACACGCUGGAGGAGCGCCGCAGGAUGCGGCAACGGGCCGAGGAGGACGCGCGGCUCCUCCGUCUGACUGAGUCAACGGGACGCGAGGAGCGCAGGUGGAGCGAGCUCGAGAUUCCGGCCGGGCUCGGCACCGACGGCCCGAGGUUCAAGUGGACGCAGAACCAGAGCUACGUCGAGGUCUUCUGCAAGCUGCCCAAGACGGCUGCGGCGCAGCACGUCGCCGUCACGCUGACGGCCUCAUCGAUUGACGUCAAGGUCGCCGGCGACCCGCUCUUCUCCGGCAACUUGUACCGCCCCGUCAAGGCCGAGGACUCGUUCUGGAUCGUGCAGGACGGCGUGCUCGAGAUCGCGCUCCUGAAGCGCAGCCGCCGGGGCUUCUACGCGGCGGGUGAGACCAACUACGACACGUACUGGCGGUCGGUCCUCGCCGACCCCGACCGCCUGCCCCCCGGCGAGGCGCUCCCCAGCGGGCCGCCGCCGUCGCUGUACUACGCGUCGCCGACGGACUACGCCGGCGGGAAGCCGAAGGACGCGAAACGUCCCCCUGCGAAACCGCGCGCGCUGUUGGGGGAUGCGCCGGGUUCCGGGGGCCAGGUCGCGCUCGUUUGA